UGUGCUUGUAUAAACAAGGCUCGCGAGACGGUGGCGUGAACUGGAUCUACACGCUUGCGGACUUUGUUUUUUUUAAAGUCUUUGGUUACUGACUUCUUUUGGAUAUUGAACCAAAACUACCGGUCGAUGAAGACGGCUGCACAGUACUGUCUUUUAUCGAUGGCGGUUAUGAUAUCUCUGGAGAGACCUGAAAGGCUGGACUGAGGGCUUGUAGGCCUGUUGUAAGGCAGGUCCUCACCAGACAUCAUCGUCAACAACGUCGCCUAUGGGCACAAACCCCCCGUCGCUGGACCAGACAGGACUGGCAAAAAGUGCUCUUCACUUACGAGCUCCCCAAGCUCCCCAUCCAACCUUAGAGCUUGAGAGGAUCUGCAGAAAAGAAUGGGAGAAACUCUCCAAAUACAGGUGUGCCAAGCUUGUAGCAGCAUACCCAAGAAGACUCGAGGCUGUAAUCUCUGCCAAAGGACUGUGAUAUGGACUUGUGAGGAAUGAGAUGGCAAAACCUUAUGGAUGUCUUGUUGCAUUACAAAAGCACCGAUGGCGGCUUGAAAAUCUUAGUGGACAAAACAGAAAAGGCCUUGGAGGACUUCCCCUGUCGUGUUUUGCCUAUAUUUACACCAUGGUUCCCACCUGAAAGUGACAAAUUGCUGCCAAUUAGACCCUUAAAGUCACCGCCGGGAAUUUCUCUGGAAGAUUUGGAAAAUAUCCAAACACAUCUGCAGUCAGCUGAGCCAUUACUAACCUCCCAUCCCUGUGCCGAAAGCAUUCAAAACUUGGCUCUAACCAGUUUGGGGAGAUCCACCUUGCAUGUACAGGCAUGCUCUGAGAUUGGAACGUCAGCACAGCAUAAAGAUACUCUCCAUAGUGAGAGGGAAGUGAAAAGAACAUGGAGUGUUUUUUCACAGAGAGGUUUAUACAUUCACAACACUCAAACAUUCUCCAAACAAUUCCACAAGGUUGUUUGGAGGCACGGACUUCACAUGCGCCAGAGAGCAAAAUGGGUUAUUGACAAACUGAACUUUGUCACUGGAGACAUAGAACAUACAUGGAGAGGACUGAACCGGGCCAUCAGGAACUCCAUGCUUCCAACUUGCAAUGCCAACAUUCAGAGGGAUCUGACACAAAUCUGUGUGUUCUGCGAUGUAUUAUACUGUGAAUAUGUUGGAAAUUAUUUAAAGGAAGAAUUUCAAGUCGCUGGACAUAUCACUUUAUUUGUUCAUAGACUUGGAGACAUUUUCACUUUAUAGAAAUUAGUGAUUGUCAGAAUUUGAUCCGUGUGUCACUGCCAUCUAUUUUGUUUACUGUAGUAGGCAGGUUUCCAUUGACCCAGGUAUAUUCGAUUUUAAAGAAAUAUCGCAAAAAAAAUUCUGAGAUGUGUAACGGAAACGGCAGAUAGAGGAGAAAUUUUAUAAAGAUCUACAGCAUUUUUCUCCAUUUGACAGGGGUGGAUUAUUCUUCUGUCGAACUUUUGUUAUUGCGGCAAAUGAUGCUGGAAACUGUUUUUCGAAUAAAUGAUGAUUGCUAAAUCGUUUGGAAGGUAUGCGAGGAACGUGAUGUCACCACGUAACUACAAAGCUCCCGUCCUCAAUUGAAUUGCAAAAUAAACACAAUUCAAUUAUAAAAAUGGGUUUUUGCAGGACACCGCUUGUCCUAACUUUCAAGAAUGCCUGAAUUGCUUCACUUUGAUUUUCUGGUUGGCUGGUAAGUUUCACCAACCAAUUAUUUCAGUUCUAUAGGAGUGCAAGUUUCCCUAUGGCACAGACCGUGGCACAUGAUAAGUAUUACAAUAUGGCAAAAAUUUGUUAGUUACUGCAUUCUAUCCAUGCUGGCUUUCGCGGGCUACCUAAGACUUAAAACAGAUAGGUGGGAGGGCAUACAGUCUGUCAAAUUUAUUUAUAUAGCCCUUCUUACAUCAGCUGAUAUCUCAAAGUGCUGUACAGAAACCCAGCCUAAAACCCCAAACAGCAAGCAAUGCAGGUGUUGAAGCACGGUGGCUAGGAAAAACUCCCUACGAAGAAACCUAGAGAGGAUCCAGGCUAUGAGGGAUGGCCAGUCCUCUUCUGGCUGUGCCGGGUGGAGAUUAUAACAGACCAUGGCCAAGAUGUUCAUAAAUGACCAGCAUGGUCAAAUAAUAAUAAUCACAGUAGUUGUCGAGGGUGCAGCAAGUCAGCACCUCAGGAGUAAAUGUCAGUUGGCUUUUCAUAGCCGAUCAUUAAGAGUAUCUCUACAGCUCCUGCGGUCUCUAGUGAGUUGAAAACAGCAGGUCUGGGACCGGUGACGUGCUACAAUUUAUUAAUGUGUAAUUUGCCUAAAUGGGCAAUGGAAACACUUCAACUACAUUUCCAUCCAACCAUUUAAUGCUGAUGAAUUACCUGACGCAUGAAAAAAGUCUUGACUAGGGUGAUGGAAAUAUGUUUUAAUUUUUUUUAUGCCAAUAUAUUGUUCAACAUGGUGGGAUCUUUUUGUGUCGGUCAAAUGUAUUAUGCAAGAAAUGGUGGUGGAAACACCUCAAUGUGGAAAUAUUCAUAUAAUAACCAUCAUAUUGACGUAAACUUGGGAGUCAUGCGAUAUGUUGUGUGGUCCUCCCACGAAGACUCAGGAAAGCAUGCAGUUUAUUAGGCUACAGAUGAAAUAAGUUAUGAUAACCUUCACAGGGGGGUAAAAGUACAAGGGGAUGAGCUUGAUGCUCCUUUCCAAUAAAUAUCGAGGGUCUUACUCUGAUGACAAAAUGAUCGAUGCUUGGCUGCCGUAUUGACAAAUGCAAAUAAUAUAACUCUUAUCCAUAAUCUCAAUGUAGGUAGCCUAGCCGCACUGUAUCUGCGAGCUGUUGGCUAGAUCGCAUGUGCCAAGACCAGAGUGGGCAUAUUUGCUACAUAACCAAAAGUUUUUGCGACAAAACCAUCAGUAGAGUUGAAAAUUUGAUGGAAACCCAUUUAACUUGUAUUUUUCAUUCUGUACAUGAGAAUUUAACGGAAAUAGUUUAUUUUAUGUGCAGUAUACUGGGUGGCGCAGUGGUCUAGGUCUAGGGCACUGCAUCGCAGUGCUAGCUGCGCCACCAGAGUCUCUGGGUUCGCGCCCAGGCUCUGUCGCAGCCGGCCGCAACCGGGAGGUCCGUGGGGCGACGCACAAUUGGCAUAGCGUUGUCCGGGUUAGGGAGGGUUUGGCCGGUAGGGAUAUCCUUGUCUCAGUAUGUAAAAAUGUAAUAAAAUGUAUGCACUCUACUGUAAGUCGCUCUGGAUAAGAGCGUCUGCUAAAUGACUAAAAUGUAAAUGUAAAAUGCAGUAUCAUCACCCCACAGCCUUUUAUCCUCAAAGUCAAUCAGAUGGAAACAUCUGGUAGGAAUAUGCUCAUAUUGUAUUAUGCAGAUUUUAGAAAUAUAUGCAUCCAAAUCUGCUGCAAUUUGGAUGGGAACCUAGCCACUGUAGGUUUUUGCGAAAUAGUGUUACUUCAUCAACACGAUACUUUUGUGUGUGUACAGUUGAAGUCGGAAGUUUACAUACACUUAGAUUGGAGUCAAUAAAACUUGUUCUUCAA